GAAUAAACAUUUAACGACAUACUUCUUCAAUGUCGGUCACUUGAUCUGUUCUCACAUUAAUGCCAAGCUGAUUUCCAGAUCGUAGUUUGGAGCUCGAUAGCCCAUCGUCGUUAAGCAUCUUAAACAAGCAGCAAUUCAAUCUCAAAGCCUUGGAUUUCACUGUGGAGCUCAGAGCAAAGCGAGUGUUGGGGAAGAAGAUGAAGCUGAAUUGGAAGCAGUGGUUUCGAAACAAGCAAAAUCAUAUGCUGGUGAAGUUGGUGGUUGCCAUUCUGCUGAUGGGUCUUGCUUUUCGUCUCGUUUUCUUUCGUUCCACAAGACUUUCUCCAGUCUUAGAAGAAACCCCUUUUGCCGAGAAGACUGUACUUCCAGAAGAAACCCCUAUUGCCGAGAAGACUGUGCCUCCAAAGCCACCUCCUGUUCCAACACCUGUUUCUGUGCCAGUUCAAGAAAAUGGAGAUCAGGUACCUAGCACAGAAAAGUGUGAUCUUUUUACUGGGGAUUGGAUACCAAACCCAUCAGGUCCUAUUUACACUAAUCGGAGCUGCCCGUUUAUCGAAAGUCAUCAGAAUUGUAUGAAUAAUGGGCGGCCAGAUACAGGGUACCUAUACUGGAGGUGGAAUCCAAGAGAUUGUGACUUACCACCUUUUGAUCCAGUGAGAUUUCUUGAGAUGAUGAGGAACAAAGCAUGGGCACUAAUUGGUGAUUCAAUAUCACGCAACCAUGUGCAGUCGUUGCUCUGCAUGCUCUCAACGGUGGAACAAGCUGUUCAAGUUUACCAUGAUGAAGACUAUAGGUCCAAAGGAUGGCACUUUCCCUCAUACAACUUCACUAUAUCAGUUCUCUGGUCCCCUUUCCUUGUAAAAGCUGACAUUUUUGAGGAUUUCAAUGGUGUUUCAACAUCUGAAGUUGAGCUGCAUCUUGACGAACUUGACAAGAAAUGGACAGACCUAUACCAGAACUUGGAUUACAUGAUAUUUUCAACUGGGAAAUGGUUUCUCAAAUCAGCAGUCUAUCAUGAGAACAACACUGUUUUGGGCUGCCAUUUCUGUCCUAAAAGGAAUUUGACACAGUUGGGGUUUGUUUUUGCUUAUCCCAAAGCACUCCGAUCUGUAUUAAACUUCAUAGCAACGUCGAAUCACAAGGGCCUGAUAUUUUUCAGGACAUCCACACCAGAUCACUUCGAGAAUGGGGAGUGGUCUAGUGGAGGUACUUGCCCCAAAACAGAACCAGUCAAAGAAGGUGAGAUUGAAUUGAAGGACUUGAACAAGCUUCUGCGUAACAUAGAGCUAGAGGAGUUUGAGAAGGCGGCACUGGAAGCUUCCAGAAAUGGGGUUAAACUUAAACUUCUUGACAUGACCUUGCUUUCAUUGUUGCGGCCUGACGGGCAUCCAGGUUCAUAUAGAGAGUUCCAUCCGUUUGCACAGGACAAAAAUGCAAAAGUUCAGACUGACUGUUUGCAUUGGUGCCUACCUGGGCCAAUAGACUCUUGGAAUGAUGUGAUAAUGGAGAUGGUGGUAAAUGGCUAGGAAUUCAACCAAAGUUUUGAUGCAUGAAACCUAUGUUCUCCAUUUCAGGCUUUGAGAAAAUAUUCAAUGCGAGAAAAUUACUCAUGCUGGAGAUUUCCACCAUGUGUAUGCUAUGCUUCCCUUUUCAGGUAUACCUGUGCUGAGUUUCAUUUAUUUUCAGGUAUCCCUCUGACGUCAUUUUUCCCUCGGUUAUUUGUUUGGUAUCCACUGGCUUGCCUGGGAAUGUAUCUUCUAGGCAAAAAGUGUUUGGCAUUGCCGAAAGGAAGACAGGUUUAAUUGUAAUCUCUGUUUCUAACUGUAGUUUGUUUUAUAAUCACACAUUCAUUAGUAAACACUCUGAUUGCAUCUCAA